GACGAAGAACAGAAAAAAAAUCUCGCCAAGUGAUGUCGUCGUGUUAAUUUUUCCAAAAUAAAUGUUAAAAUUUGCAUUCAAAUUAAUAAAAUAUAUUCAAAAAAACUCAAAUAAACUCUCUCCAAAAUGGGUCGUUACCCGUUCAAGUAUAAUUUAACUCCAUUGUUAUGUGAAUUCUGGUGAAAAUGUAACCGUAAAAAAAAAACUUACGAAGAAGAAAAAAUAUUUUGCAGGAAAAUUGAAGUUCCGACCGAGUUCUGUGUGUGUUUUUCUUUUUGUCUUUUUUGUUAUUUUCCGAAGUGAAAAUAUUUUUAUUUUGGUCAUUUGUCGAGAUAAUAAAUUCCCAGCAAAAUGGUGGUUUCCAAAGACUCCAAAAGGAAGCGCAAGGAGUCCCCGCUCAUUGAAUCGUCACCAGAAAUGCCAAAAAGGACGAAAGUGCAAGCACAAAGAAAAUUUGCACAAGGUCAAAGUGCACCAGCAUCAUCAUAUAGUGCCGCAUUGGCGUCAUCUUCAACAGCCGCCGCUGGUGUAAGUACAUCAUUAGGAAAUUCUGCAACUCAAGAAAACCGUGAACCACCAACUGAAAUUUUGCCCAAUAAAAGGCCAAAAACCGAAGACUUUUUAACAUUCCUUUGCUUUCGUGGAACUUCGGCUCUGCCUGCACAUUUAGAUUUUUUAAAUCAAAAUACAUCUCAGGCUCCAAAAGAUGAAUCUCAAGAUACAAUUGAAAAGUCUAAUGAAGAUACAGAAUCAUCACCCACGACGAAAACAAACCUGCAAAAAUCUACAAGAUCAUCGUCUACCAAAAAGAAGGACAAAUGUGCAACCGUUGAUGAAAGCUCUACAUCAACGCUAAGUGUAAAGAAAUCUGAAACCAAAAAAUCGAUAGCAAAGAAAAAUGAAGAAGCUAAGGAUGAAAAAGUCAUGGCGUUCGCAGUCCGAAAGAGGGCAGAACAAUUACCUGAAGGUAAUCGUCGCGGCAGACCUCCAAAGGAAAAAUUUAACAAAUCCAACGACGGAAAUCGCCGUUCGGUCAGAAACAAAGAUAACUCGAAAUCUUUUGCAGAGCUGGAUGACAAUGAAUCUGAAACAAAUGACAUAGAAACCGGCUCUGUGGAUGGUGGACAAGAUUUGUCUAAAUCUGAAAAAGCAACCCCACAGCAAAAGGGCAAACGAGGAAAACCUUCUAACUCAGCUAAGAAAAAGCUCGAAACAAGCGGAACGGCACGCGAAGUUCAAGGCCCACCAAUCGAAAAACAAGGACUUGAAGAACCCGUCCAACCAGCAAAACCAACACAGGCCAAAGAAAAAACCGUAAUAAAAAGGCCCCGCCAAAAAGAAGCUCCCAUAUUUGUUCCGUCACCAGAGCCAACAGGUGGAGGAAGGAUGACACGGCAACGGGCUUUUUUCGAACCAGUCAAAGUAAUACGUCAUGAAGAAAAAAAGGAAGACGAAGAAGAAGUGGAAAAGAAAAAAGAGCUAGAGGAAAUCAAAACCAAGGAACCUUCCCCACCGCCUGAACCCGUGAUUCAAAAACAACAAGAAGAUGACACAGCUCCAAACAGAGAUAUUUUUGAGUUUUCUUCAGAAGACGAACAACCUCUGGCAAAGGCUAUUAAACUUAAAAAUUCAAAAGAAAGUCCCGCGAAAAAGUCAUCACCAAAAAAGCAGCAAAAACUUGUUGCCCAAACAAAAGAGGUGGCCCAAAAUAAAGAUGAAACAUCAACAAAAACGAAACCAGUAGAAAUCGUAAAAGAUACGGUAAUUGAAAAGUCAGCAAACAAAAGCGAAGAUGUCAAUGACGAAACGACUGAAGUCCAAGAUGACGAGAAGAUUCUACCGGAAAAGAUCAAAAAGACGCCUGGCCGAAAGCCCAAAAAAAAGAUCAUAGAAGAGCAAAGUGUUGUGUCUGAAAAAAGUUCAAAAAACUCAAACGAUCAACAAAGCCAACAAAAACACGAUAAUGAUGAUUUAAAGUUAUUGCAAACAACUACAGCAACAUCAAGUUCAACAACUAGGCAAAAGAAAAAGUCAGCAGCAGAGACUCCUGAGCAAGUUGAACCUGAAAUUCGAAGCACACGACCAUCGAGAAAGACUAAGGAAGCUGCUACUAUUUAUAUGGGUAUCAUAGGCCAAAAGCUGCAAUUGGGCGAAUUUGACGACGACGAAUUGUCAAUAAGUAGCUUUCCCGAUCUGCCCAACGUAAAAGAAAUGGAAAAAAUGGAAACAGAACUAAAGAAGAAUGUAGAUCAAAAUAAACAAUUGAAAAACCAGGCUGCUGCUGCUGCCGCUGCUGCUAGUGUUGCUGCUGAUACAACAGACAAGUCCGAACUUAAACCAACAUCACCCGUAAAAAAAGAUAUCGAAAAGCCUCCAGCAAAAAGGGGUCGCCCUCCAAAAAGCGGCGUUUCAAAAGCUGCUGCCAAACAAAAACCCACAAAGCCACCUCAAAUAGAGGGGAUGCUUCGGAAAAGGGAAGAACCAAAACCACAAGAAAUUAAAGAAAACGAAAAAGAAGAUGAUGAAGACUUCCUACUGAAUGAAGAAGUCAACGAAACCAAGCGAAAACUCGAAAAAAGCUUUAGUGACUCAGAUGACGAACCACUGGCUAUAAAAUUGACUAAGGGCUCAGACGACUAUUCAAAAAAGUCUGAUAAUCCGCCAAUAGUAAGCAUGCCAAGUAUGACGUCUAUUGAAGAGCGAGCUAAAGAACCACGGCCGGCUCCAAAGAUGUUAAAUCUCCUGCCUAUAACAACCCCAGCACCCACGUUGCAAUGCAAUGUCCCAACAUCAUCUCAUGUGAACUCUACCUCACUGAAGUUGGAUGAUAAACCAAAAAUGCCCAACCCCUUACCCACACCGGUUCCUGCAUUUAUACCACGACAACCUACACUCAAAACUCCUCCGGCUCAAACUACCAUUCCUCCCCUGCAGCCAACUAUUAAAUACCAAACUCCACCAACGACAUAUCCUCCCCCGAUUGAAGCAUAUCCGUCUCCAAAAAUCAAUCCAAACUUUCUAACCCCAAAGUUUGACCGGAAUAUAGAUCGACGCAUAGUUUGCCUUGAUGGCUCCUCUUCGUUAUCAACUAUGCAAAGACCAAGUAGCAGUUUUCCAUCACCAUCUCCAGUUAAAUUUGAUAUGUCGACUCCAAAAACGCCUAGUACUUCAAAUGCAAAUGCAAAGCUUCCUAUGGUGCCAUCAACAACACCUUCUAAUGCGCAGCCGUCAUCCGAUCCGCUAAAGGAUGAAAUUGGAAGCAUUCUGGCUGCGAAUUUGAUGCCAAGCAAAGAGGAAUCAGGUAAAAUCUUUGGUAUUGCCAGUGUAAGUUUGGCACAGAGUUCUGGGCCGGACAAUACAAAGUGUACCUUGGGUAAAUGUGGAUCAAUCCAUAAGCCUGUGCUUGGUCCAGUUGUUCCAACGGAAUCAUAUCUAGGCGAACAAUUAUCUAGUAAAGAAAGGCGAAAAGCCAAGGUCAACAUGACACAUGAACAGAUUCAGAAGUGGUUAAUAGAAUGCUCUUCGAAUCCGGACGAGAUUCAAGACGAUUUGGACGAUGACUUUGAUGACAAUCUCCGUCCAAACAUCUAUGCAACUACGCCUCCGCCAACAAGAGACGACAAAGAGAGUACUUCAUUCAGUUCCUCUUCAAAAACCACCAGAGAUUUGGGAAAAAGUGAAAGCGCCUGGUCAGGUAAAGGCCCCUCUUUGAAAGCUACGCCUGUUGUUUUGCCCAAAGACGAUCAAAGGCCAGAAGAAUGUUCGUUCUCCUCAGAUGCAGGAAACAAAGACCUAAAAGACGUUCCCAAGGACUAUCAGAAUCAAAAAAGUACAGCUAUGAAUAAGAAAAAUGACACAGUCACCAAAUCUAAAGAAAAAAUCAAAAUGGAUAAAAAUAAACAGGAGAAAGAAACGAAGAAAGUUCAGGAUAAAGGUUCCAAAGAAGGGACUGGUCCUCAAAAAGGAGCAAAGCAGCCAAACUCGGCAACUACCACUACUGCAGCUACAUCUUCUCCACGACAACAAAAAAAAGCAGACGAAAGUAAAAAGACUGUAGCAAUUAGCUCGCCCACUUCCAAAGCUGGUAAUGCGGCCACAUCCAAUGCAGCAAAAACUCCAAAACGUACAACAGUUUACAACUCCAAGCUGAAGGAAACGACAACAACAAGUCAUAAGAAGAAAGCCCCAUUUUCCUACACUUUUGGUGCAUUUUCGGCAGAUAACGAAAAAAGUAUUUAUUCCUUCGACAAAGAGGAGGACGAUGAUACCAAGCUUCCUAUAUCCAAACCAUUCCGGAGGCAAAGUCGUCGGGAAUCACACACCGAGGAUUCCAACCAACUUGAUCAAGUGGCAUUGCACACAAAUUCCACCAACGCUGAGAAAAAACAUGAAAAUAAAUCGCAAUCAAAUGUUCCUGUAGCCCUGGCUACCGAGAAGAAUAAGAGUGCAAAGGGAAGUCCAGAAAAAAGCAAACAAAUCGUUGAUUCUGGCGAAAAUGAAAAAUCUGGCGAUGCCAAUGUGGGCGAUUCUGAUUCUGAUAUUCAUACCUUUUACAUACCCCUUCAAGGAGCUGCAGUUGGAGGAAAUGUUGAAGGCAAGUCAGAUAUGAUCCAAGGUGUGGCAGUGAAACUAGGCCGAGAAGGGCCCGAAGGACCCAACCAAAAAGUUGUGAUGCACGCGACUUUAGUCACCAAGUCGCAGAUGGGUUCAAACUCAAAACCGCUACCGGAUUCAAUGAAUGUGUCGGAAAUAGUGAAGAAUCUUCUAAGCUCAACCUCUUUGCAAGCGAAUAACAAGGAUUCCAGUAUUGUAGCGCCAAUAACGCCGCCUUCGGCAUUUGUCCCUGCGGCGAGUAGUUCAGCUUCUGUUGCUGCUGUGCCGCAACAAACAGUAGCAGCAAACACAACAGCUGCAACUUCAGUGGGUAGCUCGAAAAGUGUGCCUGUUGGAACAGUUCAACCUAGGUUUAAGUCAAAUGAAUCGGGUGCAGCGCAGCCGAAUAAUGCAUCCGGGUCGGGUGCUUUAACACGCGUCAACUCGAACUCAUCGCUGUUCUCCGGUUCUAAUAAAUCUCGUGGGCAAUCCAGCAAGAAAAUCAAAGACGAUACCCCAAUAAAAAUGUGCAAUAAUACAGCUUUUCCUCGUCAUGAUGAUCCAACGCAAAUGGUUGAAGCACCAAUAUUCCGGCCAACGGAAAAAGAAUUUUUAGAUCCGAUGGAGUUUAUUGAUAGGAUCACUCCGAUAGCGGCUCGUUUUGGUAUUUGCAAAAUCAUACCACCAGCUAGUUUUAAACCAGAAUGCAGGGUGUCGGACGACAUGAGAUUCACAGCGUACAAUCAGUAUGUCCAUAAGAUGCUUCACAGAUGGGGUCCAAGUACGAAGGAACUGAGUGCAAUUAAGAAGUAUCUAGCCACACAAAGUGUUGUGAUGAAUCACCCGCCAUGGAUUGGAGGAAUGGAAGUUGAUCUACCAAGACUUUAUCAUACCGUUCAAGAGUUGGGAGGCCUCAAAGAGGUUAUAGAAAAGAAAAAGUGGACUCGAGUGGCCGAAGAAAUGUGCAUUCCUAAGUUAGCGCAGGAUCGCGUAACAAAGCUAGACGAUAUAUACUGCAGGUAUCUCCUACCCUACGAUACAUUGUCGCCAAAUGAACGUCAAAAACUUUUUGAUGAAGUCGAAUCUGACUGGGCGAAGCGUGAAGCAAGAGCAAGGCGAAAUGCAGAUCGAUUUGUAAACACUGAAAGUGUCAGCAAUGAAGACGAUGACGUGUCGAGCGAAGACGAUGAAGAGUCAGAGGAAGAAGUAGACGGCGUAUCCAUGGAGUGUAUAGUGAAGGGUCGAAGUAUGCCCCUGAGUCAAUUUUUCCGAAUAGCUCGCAACACGAUGUCACUGUGGUUUAAGAAUUCAGAGCCUUCUGUGACCGAAGUAGAAGCAGAAUUCUGGCGGCAUGUUGCUGUACGAGAUAGCCAUGUAUGUGUGCAUUCCGGAUCCAUUGACUCCAGUGGCUGGGGGUAUGGUUUUCCCUCUCCAGGACCAAAAGGCAAGGGAUCUGUGUGUGCUCGUCACCCAUGGAAUCUGAAGGUGUUGACAAAUAACGCUGGUUCAGUGCUGCGCUCGUUGGGUCCAGUUAUGGGAGUAACUGUUCCAACACUUCACGUUGGCAUGCUGUUUAGCGCUUGCUGUUGGUAUCGAGAUCCACAUGGACUAUCAUGGAUUGAGUAUUUGCACACCGGUGCAAGUAAAUUGUGGUACGGGAUUCCUGACGAUCAAAGUGCGAACUUCCGAUCUGCCCUUACUUCUCUCAUCCCAACUCACAUUCAAAACAAAACAAUUUGGCUGCCCUGCGAUACGGUUAUGGUGCCGCCGCAUAUGUUAACUGAUCGCGGGGUGUCCUUAUGCCGUAUAGAACAAAAACCAGGAGAGUACGUUGUCAUUUUUCCGAGGGCCUACACUUCAAGUGUAUCAACUGGUUAUGUUGUAUCAGAAAGUGUAUAUUUUGCUACAAGCUCUUGGCUGGAAUUAGGAAAAGAUGAUUUCAGAGAUAUUCACGACAGUUGUGAACCAGCUAUGUUUUCCUUGGAACAGUUAUUGUUUGCUCUAGCAUCUGAUCAGCGUGUAACGGUUGAUGUACUUUCGCAAAUGUUGCCUAUGAUCAACGAGGUGUUCGAAAAAGAAGUUGCUGCUAGGGAACAACUUAAGGCUGCUGGUGUGACAUCAACUGAAAAAAUUCCAGCAGAAAAAACAAAUAAAUCGAAGAAACAGCCCAUAGCUUCGAUUCAAAGUGAAUGCGACUUAUGUCGAGCUAAUUUGUAUAUAUCCAUGGUUAAAACCGACGAAGGAAAUAUCUACUGUCUGCAGCAUGCCCUCAAAAAUCUUAACAAAGGAAACAUUCAAGCCAAACAAUGCAAACUCAUAUUUAGCUACAACAUUGAAGAUAUUGAGAAUCUUAUCAAAACUUUAAAGGAUCGACUUGUACAAAAGCGAACCGCUGCUAAUAAGAAAUCUAAGUAGUAUUUAGGGACUCGAAGGCGAGUCAGAAAAAAACUCUAUUGAGAUCGCAGCACAACAAAAAUGCUUGUGCAAUGUAAAUAAUAUAGAAAUUUCUAGUUGGUAAUUUGUACAUCUCUUGAUGAAUAUUACAUAACAAAAGAAGUAAGAAUAACGUUUAUUUUUCUAUUUGACUUGUAGAUGUCUUAGCUUUAAGUUAUUGUUGUUGUUUGUAUAUAUAAUAAUAUUAAUUUAUGAAAUCCUAGUAAAAAAAAACACAAAAGCAUUUUAUUUUCAUUUUCAAAAACUAUUGUCGAGAUGCUAAGUCAUGUUUGUCUGUAAAUUAAAGACUAGGUGCGCAAAAACGUAAAUUAACAUUCAAGUCUAAUACAAAUAAAAACGUACAUAUAAAACAAAAGUAAACAAACAAACAAAAAAGAGUAUAAAAUACCAGUAAGAUUGUUAAAGUAGCACUUUCAGAAAAUACAUUUAUAAAUAUAUAAAUAAAUACAUAUACAUACAUAUAUGAGUACACUAGGUCCGUGUAUGAUAGUUUUUAAGAUAACAAUAACAAAAAAUUAUAAUUUCAAAAUUAAAUCAAGAAUAAAUUUUUUUAUUAAAGCUAUGAUAUAAGUACGAUAUUAAUAAUUAUUAUUGAUUAUUAUAAAUAUAAUCGUAUACAUAUUCAAUAUAAUUGUGUGUUAAGAAAUAAUUGAGUUAACCAGUAUGUGUUGUGUGUGUAUAUAUAGCUCAUAUAGUACCUAUAUAUAUACAUGGCAAUAUAUAUAUAUUUAUAUUAUUAUAAAUGUGGACGCUCUCAGUACGAAGUUUGAGUAAUUUUAUUUGCUCAUAGCGCACCGCUUGUAGACCGUAAUGUAUACUAAAUUGUUUUAUGUUGCAUAUUUUAUAUAAUAUACUUUUUUGUGAUUUGUGUAAUUUUCCUUAUUAAGAUGAGAAAUCGUGUUUUAUUUUUCCUUUUUUUCUGUUAUUCUAUUUUUAUUCACAAAUAUUUUUUUAAAUAGAAUGUAAGAAUUAUUCAAAAAAAAGUUCUGUGUAUUAACUUGAAUAUAUUGAAAUAAAUAUUUGAUGUAUGUAUGGCUAUAUGUACAUUAUAUACAAUUUAAUGUAAA